CUGGACUAACACACACACACACACACUCAGCGCACAGCACAGGCAAUGGCUCCGCUGCCUGAGACUCGUCCCGCCUCGCCGCCGGAACUCGACGCAGAGCUCGCGCGCAAAGAUGUCAAGGAUCCCGAGUCGCGGUCAGAAGAGUCGGAGCCGGAGGAGGAGCAGGACCCCUGGGACCUGCCGGAGCUCCGGGACACCGGGCUGAAGUGGUCAGAUCUCGACACGAAGGGGAAAGUUCUGCGCGUCCUCAAGUCUAUCGUGAAGUUCAUUCUCCUGCUGGGUUUGCUCUAUGUGUUCGUCUGCUCUCUGGACAUUCUGAGCUCCGCUUUCCAGCUUGUAGGAGGGAAGGCAGCUGGCGAUAUCUUCCAGGACAAUGCGGUUCUGUCGAACCCUGUGGCUGGUCUGGUGAUUGGAGUCCUGGUCACUGUUCUGGUUCAAAGCUCAAGCACCUCGUCCUCCAUUGUGGUCAGCAUGGUGUCGUCUGGAUUGUUGGAGGUGAAGUCUGCAGUGCCAAUCAUUAUGGGUGCUAAUAUCGGCACUUCUGUGACCAACACCAUUGUGGCUGUGAUGCAGGCGGGAGACCGCAACGAGUUUCGCAGGGCAUUUGCUGGAGCUACGGUCCAUGACUUCUUUAACUGGCUGUCUGUCCUGGUGCUGUUGCCUCUGGAGGUGGCUUCAGGAUACCUCUACAGACUCACCAAACUUAUAAUUGAUUCCUUUAACAUCCAGACGGGUGCAGACGCUCCAGACCUUUUAAAGGUCAUCACUGAACCCCUCACCAAGAAUAUCAUUGAGCUGGACACAUCUGUGAUCCGUGACAUCGCCACUGGAGACCCUGCUGCCCGAAACAAAAGUCUGGUUAAGAUCUGGUGUAAAACAGAAAAAAUCACGAACCUCGUGAAUAUAACGGUCCCUGGAUUUGCAAACUGCACGCCUGGCGCCCUCUGCUGGGAGGAGGACGGCCAGAUCUGGACUCAAGAGAACCAAACAGAAACAAACAACUUGGGAAAAUGUACUCACAUGUUUGUGUACGCUAAUCUACCUGACCUAGCGGUGGGCUUGAUUCUGUUGGCUCUGUCGUUGCUGGCCCUCUGCACCUGCCUGAUUCUGAUCGUCAAGCUGCUGAACUCCAUGUUGAAGGGUCAGGUGGCGGUCGUCAUCAAAAAGGUGCUCAACACAGAUUUCCCUUUCCCCUUCGCCUGGGUCACUGGAUACAUCGCCAUCCUUGUUGGAGCCGGAAUGACCUUCAUUGUUCAGAGCAGCUCUGUCUUCACCUCAGCCAUCACUCCACUAGUCGGUAUUGGUGUCAUUAGCCUUGAGAGGGCGUAUCCACUCACACUGGGCUCCAACAUUGGCACAACAACCACAGCUAUUCUAGCUGCCCUCGCCAGUCCUGGAGAGACACUGGCGAACUCUCUACAGAUUUCUCUCUGUCACUUCUUCUUCAACAUUAGUGGUAUUCUGCUCUGGUAUCCCAUCCCCUUCACACGCAUCCCUAUCCGAUUAGCCAAAGCCUUGGGCAACCGCACUGCCAAGUACCGCUGGUUUGCAGCACUGUAUCUCAUCCUGAUCUUCCUCCUCUUCCCGCUGUUAGUCCUGGGCCUCUCCAUCGCAGGGUGGCAGGUCUUGGUGGGGGUCGGAGUGCCUGUGGUGGUCUUGGCGAUCUUUGUGGUCGUGGUAAACAUUAUGCAGAAACGCUGCCCACGUUUCCUGCCAUCAUUCCUCCGCAGCUGGGACUUCCUGCCCAAACCGCUACAACCUCCCCUCAAACCCUGGGACAAAGUGGUGACUGCCGGCAUGAGCUUCUGCAGGACUCGCUGCUGCUGCUGCUGCAAGUGCUGCAAAGAAAAAGAGAAGGAUGAAGAGAAGGAUGACAUGAGAACCAAGGAUGAGACUUUAGAGAUGUAUGACAACCCUGCACUCACUAUAGAGGAUGAGGCCAAAGUCAAAGUAACAGCGACACAUUUAUAAUGCAUUAUUUAUAACAAAAUGUGUAUUUCUGGUAAUGCUCAAACACGGCACAUUGGGUCCAUGUGCAACUUUGUUGUUGAUGACUGCAACAUUUAAUCACUACAUUUAAAUCUAUGCAAAAUAAUGGAGUUCAAUUAAGCUGCAUUUACACUAGGACAAGAAAAAAAUCGAAUUUUGUUGCACAUGCUUAAACAAGAAUCUGCACGAGAUCCGUUUUUUUUUUUUUUUUUUUUUUUUUUUUUUGCAUUUGAUCUGGGCCACUUCCAAAUGUGGACUUUUAUUCGGAUACAUAUCUGAUAUCUGGACAUCCGACCUGCAUCUAAACACACAUACGAUUCCCCACAGAACUCCGAGCCACCACAAUAUGAUGGCGACACAUAUGCCAAUAUGCCGGAGUGCUGUAUAUGUGCUUGCAUUUUGAGGGUGGGAAUUUUAUGUGGAAAUUGCGCAAAAUUGAGGAGCUGUUUAUGUUAUUAAACCAACAAGCUUCAUUAGGAUACUCACUAGCGUGUUCUCUCUCUCUGUCGUUAAUUCAUUCAAAUAAAUAUUAUCUUACAGCGCUACUAUUUCACUUCAGAAUUCUACAUCUAACAAGCUGUAGAUAAAAUAACAUAAUUACUGUUAUUUUCCAGUCUUUAUCCGUUCAGUCAGAUUUUGUGCGGCAAAACCAUUCGUGACAGCUGUUGUCCAUGCUGGCAAAUAAUGUCUACUCGAUAUAAAAAAAUAAUGUUAUUUUCCAGUCUUAAAAAUAUUAUACAUAUAUAUUUUAAUAUUUAAAUAGCUCGGCCGUUUAACUCCUAUGGGCCUACUACCAUGUGCAUAGUAAAGUGAUCACUGAUUGGAUGGAAUUAAUGUAAUCACAGAUAUUAGAUACCAGUUGUGUCAAAGUGAUUGUAAACAGGCGGGCCAAAAAAAAAAAAAAAUCAUAUUUGGACAAAAGAUCGGAUCAGUGCAUUAAGACUUGCAGUGUAAAUGCAGCCUUAAAGACCCUCUGAAAUCAGUAUGACCUACCCCAACUUCCUGUUUUAACAGGAAAUACAUCAACACAGGAAAGGGUAUUCAACUUAUCAGUCAAUUUUUAUGUGGUCUUUAAGAACAAAGAAAAUGUCAGGUACAUAGACCACAAUAACAUAGCAUCACAGUGCAGAGGUUAAUAUCUAUCGCUAACUGUUGAUUGUUAAUGUAGUUGUUUGUGCAUGAUCUACCAGUAAGGAGGAGACAGGGCUUUCAAAAAAGUCCUGUGUUUGUAUAAUUGUUCAGUAUUUAUUUCUGAAAAUGGUAAUGUGGUGGUAAGCAGGGCCAAUGAAAUUGCACACUCUUGGCAGUAAUUUUGCACAUUAUGUUUGCACGAAUGCAUUUUUAUAUUUUUAAAAUAUUUGUAAACAAAUUUUCUCUCUCUCUCUUUCUUUUGUGUCUGGUUAUACUGUUGCAUUUUGUAAAUUUCAUUAAGAUUAAGCUUAAAAUAUUUCUCUACUUUGACGUAAGAUAUUGUCUUUAAUAUUUAAGAUGACAAAAGGACAUUGACUCUGAUUUUGUAUCUAUGAAAAACAUUGUGCCAUUUAAAACCUGAUGUUUACUUUAAGACCACUAAACUUUUGAUUAAUUUAUAA